AUGAAUAUUGUCAGUUCGAGAAUGGCUUUGCGUAAGCACCCACUGCCAAAGCCGACGGACCAGUCGGAGGAUCUUUUGCAGUAUCUUGUGUCCCAUCUUGUGCAUUGCGAUUCGGUGUUCGCGGACGAAAAGCAGCGUCUCUACGCCCUCUCGGGGCUCAAUCUGUCCUGCAUCUCUGCCAGUCGAGCCGUAUCUUUUUUUGACAGGAGACACCGCCUUCAAUUUCAGGCAGACGGCACUUUGGUACCACCUGUAGACACGUCAGCUAAGGUUAGAACGCCUUUGUCUUCCAUCGAGGAGGCCCAGUGUGAUUCAGGCACCAAAAUCAACAUGCAAAACGACGAUCAUGCAAAAGGAGGCUCGAUAUCCGAGACGAGCUCGUACUCUGACUCGGAAGUCGAUACGGCGAGCGACAGCGAUCACCAGUCGGACUGUUCCAGUGUCACAGAUGACGGGUACCUUAACGGGAAUGAGGAGACGGGCACUAUUCUUUGGCGGCACGUGGAGUUCUAUAUUGUUCGUAACCCAGUGCCUGGACGUCGCCAUAUCUUAGCCGCCAUUGUGUCCAUCCUGCAUACUAAAGGGGAAGGAAGGAAGUUUCGGCUGAAGAGAUACGUUAUCAAGCACGAGGAUAAUUUGAUAUUCGAUGUGUUAUCACAGCUUCUGGCGCUGGCAAUACAUGAUGAUAUCUUCGAGGCUACUAUUCAAGAUGUGUCCCAUAUAUACACAGUACCAAUUCCUGAUCAUCGAAAGGGCAUCCAGCUGAAGAUAAAGAGAGAAAAGCUGGAUGUGUCGGUUUUCCUCCAAGACCUGGAGCCGAUAUGUCAAACGGAUUGGAGUGCGAAGUGGCCAGGAACGUAA